CACCUUGCACUGGCCGAGCAGACCACGGCGGCGGGAGAAGUCGGAGGUGGGGGAGGCGCCGGCGUCGCGUGCUGCUGCUGCUGCGCGGUCGAGGCGCAGCCGUACGUGAAGGCUGCCAGCGACGACACCGCGUCUAGCAAGCUGUAAAGUCUCCCUCACUCUGCCCCCUCCUUUCCCGGAAUCCGCACAUCCACAUCUCUUCAACCUUACUGUUGUCAAGUAGCCGGCAAUGUUCUCUCUUUUCCGCACCACGCGAUUGACGUCUCGUAGCCGGCAAUGUUUUCUCUUUUCCGGGCCACUUUCAAGUCUCCCCCAUGCUACCUGUGAUUUGAGAUCAUUAAUACAGCAGAUUACCAGUAGAUCUUUGCUAUAUAAUUGAUCAUAGUACAGCAGAAUGUUAGCUGUACAAAUAAUCUCAGAUCCAGAAAUAUAGUAGCACGCAUAUAUAUAUAUAGUGGCACCACAAGCUAGCACCCUACAAACUUUGGAGAGCUGAAGGCCUUGCUCGUACUGAUAAUGAAGAGGGGGCACUGAUCUUUGUUCUUUGAGGGUUAGGGGAUGACUGGGAAUUCAUUGAGGCUACUAGUUAGCAACACUGCAGUGGCUUGGUACGUCUGCUAACCAAGUGCUAUAAAGGACAAAUAUACCAAUAAGAUUGGAAAGCGACAUGAUAACUUCAUUAAUCCUCUCUCUUUCUCUUUGCGGGGGUAAAUCCACUAAGGACUAGAUGAGCAUACUUGUCGACUUUGAGCUCAAGUCGUCGUAAUUUGUCUCAGGAAGUCUCUAUUUCAAGCCGUUCCUGACAGGUUUCAGCCACAUGCUUUGUUUUUGUUAGUUCAUUCCAUGAGUGGAAGGACGAACGGAUUGCUCACAGCUCUGGUCCUUUGUUACUUCACCAUUUCCAACAUAGUUGGGCAGGCAAGUUCAUGCAUCCCCGAGGAGCGAGAUGCGUUGCUUGCCUUCAAGGCAGGUGUUGCCGAUCCAGGUGAUAAGCUGCGUUCCUGGCAACACCAAGAUUGCUGCAAUUGGAAUGGGGUGGCCUGCAGCAACAAGACCCUACAUGUCAUCAGGCUGGAUGUCAGCCAGUAUGGUCUCAAAGGGGAAGGGGAAAUCAACUCAUCCUUGGCUGCUCUGACGAGGCUUGCAUACCUUGAUCUGAGCGACAACAAUUUUGGUGGGCUGGCCAUUCCAGAAUUUGUAGGCAGCUUCAAGAAGUUGAGAUAUCUUGAUCUUUCACGUGCUUACUUUGGUGGGAAGGUCCCUCCCCAGCUCGGUAAUUUGUCAACCUUGGAGCAUAUUGAUCUCAAUUCCUUCGGUUCAUCACCUACAAUCCGACUGGACAGCUUCCUUUGGGUUUCUCGCCUUACAUUACUUACAUAUCUAGAUCUUGGUUGGGUGUAUCUCGCUACAUCCUCAGACUGGCUGCAAGCUCUUAGUAAGCUUCCUUCUCUUAAAGUUCUUCACUUGAAUGAUGCAUUUCUUCCUGCCACCGACUUGAAUUCUGUUUCUCAUGUCAACUUCACGGACCUUACGGUACUGAAUCUUACAAACAAUGAGCUCAAUUCUUGUCUGCCAAAUUGGAUUUGGGGGCUGAAUUCUCUGUCAUAUUUGGACUUGUCAGGCUGUCAACUUUCGGGCUUAAUUCCUUACAAGAUAGAAAAUCUGACCUCCCUUGAAUUGCUUCAGUUGCGGAAUAACCACUUGAAUGGAGAAAUACCACAGGCUACGCGUAGGUUGUGCAGCUUAAAAUACAUUGACUUGUCUAUGAACAGUUUAUAUGGACAUACUGCAGCAAUGAAGAACUUGUUCUUCUGCAUGAAGCAACUACAUUUUCUCAAUGUUGGCAAUAAUAAUGUAAAUGGAAGUCUAUCUGGUUGGCUUGAGGACUUAACAAGUGUAAGCUAUCUUGACAUAAGUAAUAACUUAUUUUAUGGGAAAGUACCAGAAAGUAUCGGCAAGUUACCAAACUUGACUUAUUUGGAUCUUUCCUUCAAUGCAUUUGAUGGCAUUAUAUCUGAGAUCCACUUUGGCAGUGUAUCCAGUUUGGAAUUCCUAAGUUUAGCAUCAAACAAUCUGAAGAUUGCUAUUGAACCAAAAUGGAUGCCACCUUUUCAACUCAGAGUUCUAGGAUUGCGUGCUUGUCAAGUAGGGCCGUACUUCCCUUACUGGCUGCGUUCACAAACUAAAAUUGAGAUGGUUGAUCUAGGCAGCACAGAUAUCGCGGGCACAUUACCUGAUUGGCUCUGGAACUUCUCUUCAUCCAUCACUAGCUUGGAUUUAUCAAAGAACAGCAUCACUGGUCGAUUGCCAACGAGUUUGGAGCAAAUGAAAGCAUUGAAAGUAUUCAAUAUGAGAUCAAACAAUCUUGUGGGUGGGAUUCCUAGGUUACCAGAUAGUGUUCAAAUGCUGGAUCUAUCGGGGAACCGCUUGUCUGGAAGAAUUCCAACAUAUCUUUGUAGGAUGGCUUUGAUGGAAUCAAUUCUUCUCUCAAGCAACUCAUUUUCAGGUGUUCUCCCAGAUUGUUGGCAUAAGGCUUCACAAUUGCAAACCAUAGACUUCUCAAGGAACAAGUUCCAUGGAGAAAUACCUUCAACUAUGGUUUCUAUAACCUCCCUUGCUGUAUUAUACCUAAGCGACAACGGUUUAACUGGUAAUUUGCCCACCUCCUUGAAAUCAUGCAAUAGAUUGAUCAUUCUGGACCUUGCACAUAAUAAUUUAUCAGGUGAGAUACCCACUUGGAUGGGUGAUAGCCAACAAUCUCUGCUUGUGCUGCUUCUACGGUCAAAUCAAUUUUCUGGAGAAAUACCUGAGCAACUGUUCCAACUUCACGACCUACGUUUAUUGGAUCUUGCUGACAACAACUUAUCUGGUCCUGUACCACUUUCUCUAGGAAGUUUAACGGCUAUGAGUGUAUAUCAGGAGGGUUUUAAGGAAUAUGCUUUCAAAUUUCCACAAUUCAAAUUCACUACUGUUUAUGAUGGCCCUCUUCCACAGGUGGCUGUGCACAUAGCCACUGGUAGUUCAGAUUUUGAUGGUGGUUUACUCCUCCUAUUUAAUACAAACUUUAUCGAUCUGUCUGGAAAUCAACUCACAGGAGAAAUUCCCAAAGAAAUAGGAGCUCUAUCUUGUCUGGUAUACUUGAAUCUCUCAGGAAAUCAUAUAAGUGGUAUUAUUCCUGACGAAAUUGGCAACCUACGGAGUUUAGAGGCACUUGAUCUCUCGCAGAAUGGUUUGUCAGGUCCAAUUCCUUGGAGCCUUGCAAAUUUAGGUUAUCUUGAGGUGCUAAAUUUAUCAUACAACUACCUAUCAGGAAGGAUACCAGCUGAACGUCAAUUUGUUACUUUCUCAGAUAGUAGUUUUUUGGGUAAUGCAAAUCUUUGUGGGCCUCCACUGUCCAGAAUAUGUUUGCAACACAACAUCAAGCAUGAAAACAAUAGGAAGCAUUGGUACAAUAUUGAUGGAGGGGCAUACUUAUGUGCAAUGCUUGGGUUUGCAUAUGGAUUAUCUGUUGUGCCUGCGAUCCUCUUGUUCAGUGCAACAGCAAGAAAGGCAUACUUUCAGUUCACUGACAGUAAACUGGAGGAGUUGCGAACUGUAGUUGAGAUUAAGCUCAAUCGGUUCAAGGCAGGAAGAUGCCGAUCCAUGGAGGCUAGGCGUGUUUCCAACCAGGACUCCAUCACUUGCUACGUGUUGGAAUUUGGAUCCCCAGCCCCUGGUGACUAAAAAUGAUCAAUAUGGUAUUAAUAGUAUUUCAAAUGGCAAUUUGUAUUGUUGUUGAAAUGAGUUUGAGUUCUGGUCAGAAACCUCUAAUGAAGUAUGUCUAUCCAUCGUCGACGAGAACGAUUACCCAGGGAAGAAUCCACCAAGCAUGUAUAAAAACGUGUCAUUUCCUAUAUAUGUAACUGUGCAAACUCUACUAUUCUGUGUGAGUAUGAAUUGUUCUACUUUAUGGCCCUACGAGUGAAGAUGAUGGAUCAUUUUGGAUUUGCUUGCGUUAACCUUUCGAUUCAACUAUUGAUGUCUUUGCGAGUACUUUUUUCGAAAGCAUGCGCUGCACGUUCUUCAUUAAGCGUCAUGGACAGUGUGGUUUCUCCGCCGGACGGCCACGAUCACGAACAGGUUCAGCGCAGAACGGCAUUGGGGUCCGUCCUGGAGCCAAGAGUCCUUCCAGAAUCAUGCGGAUGCCCCUUCGCCAAUGAUCACUGAAACAGAUGCAUGGAACAUGCUUUCAACAUUCUUCUCCGGCUUCGACGGUAGGCGCGCCCAGACUGCGUCCGGCUGAACGCGGCGCAUCCAUUCCCAGCGUAGACGAAGGGCGUACCCCAUGAACCUGAGGUCUGGCAUCCCCAGGCCGCCGAGCUCCUUGGGUGAGCAUACCAGUGGCCAUGCCACUUUGCAUUUUCCGCCUGUCACUUCUUCAGUGCUGCCCAAAGGAAAGCACGAUGGCGCUUGUCAAUCUCUUUAACGGCCUAGGCUGACAAGCUGCAGCAGAUCGCAACGUGGACAGGUAUAGCCGAGAGGGGCGUUUGGGUGAGCGCCGCCCUCCGCGCUGUCGUAAGCAACGUGGACAAGUAUUCUAGCGGCCGAUGGAGUCGACGAAGCGCUGCUCCUGCUCCCAGCACAACAUGGUUGGGAACUCUUGAACACGACACGGGAACACCGAUAGCACUUUGGCACCUCUUGUACUAGGAACAAGACAAUACAAUCUAUCUAAGGCAAAGGUUAACGCCGACUGGAUGUAAAGGCUUUUACUCGAGUUUGAUCUUGAGGGUUCGAAGCAGAAUAAAUCGACUGUCUCUUGCGUUAACUGUCGAGUUCUAGAAUACGUCCAAGUCUGAACAACUGUUCCAGGUACCCCGUGGCAGCCUAUCAGUGGUAAAAGCCUCGUCGACCCAGACGACGUCCGGUCAUUCGAUGAGUACGAUGCACCGCUCAUCGACUCAUGGCGGCCUUGCGGGACGGUCACAAGGUGAGUGACGUACCAUCGCUCGUAUGGUGUAUAUGCACAUUGCAGAGCACCAUCUCUGAUCUCUGCCAUCUAGGUGUGUUACCUUCAUCGCAUCAAGUUCAGAAGACUACUGACCGCUUCCCACAAAGCCAAAGAAAAAGAAGAGCUUGCCACGAUUGGUUACAGGCACACAAUUUUCAGUCUGUUAUUACUACUGUUUCUGAACUUUUAAGGAGGACCAUGUUUCCUUAUCGGUUAUUCAGGUGAGAUCGACAAGUGGUAAUGUCUUCUCAACCUUUCUCUGAUCCUUUUGUUCAGCAGAUUCCCGCAAAACCUCCAAUAGAGGAACCCACACAACCGAUCGAUCACGUGCUGCAUAGCGAAGUGCCGAGUGCGUGUGGUCAGACGCGUCAAGUUUGGUAGCCAAGUCGCUGAGUGCAAUAGCUUCAUGGAGGAAGUGAAACUGGAGAAGGAAAUGCAGCAAAAGGUGGAUGAGGAGAUUGACCAAACAGCUAAGGAAGAAGGAAGCAGCAGGUUCCAAGAGCACCCGAUGCCAGACUUCUCUAAUUAAGCCCUUUGUGCCAAAAAGGUAAAACUUUUUAUGUGAGAAAUUUAGGUCAGUGAAGCUUCCUGCAAUUCCUAGGGAGCCAAGAUUUCACACCAGGUUGACGAGGCGCAUCUCAAAGUUGUAAUGAGCUUUGAAAGUAGUUUCCUUGGUAGCUGCUAGCAAGUAGAAGCUGCAUUUUUUUUUCCCUUAAAUUGGUGCUUCUUGGAUUCUACUGUUUUGUAUUCAUUAAAAAUACUGAAUCUUUUAGUUUUAUAAUUUUUUAACACUUCA